UUUCCCCCUCUUUCUUUUUACAUCUGUAGAACAAUUUGGGCAUCCUGUGGUCUGAAAGAGGUGAAAUAAAAACAGCCCAGACUUACUUGGAAUCUGCAGAAGCCUUGUAUAAUCAGUACAUGAAAGAGAAUGGGAACCCUCCCCUUGAUCCUAAUGAACAUUUCAUGGCUGAAGAAGAAACACUUGCAGAUCAAGAGAGAUCAAAAAGGUUUGAAAAAGCCUAUACCCAUACAUUAUAUUAUCUGGCCCAAGUAUACCAACACCUGGAAAUGAUUGAGAAGGCUGCCCAGUAUUGCCAUACUACCCUUAAACGACAGCUUGAGUACAGUGGCUACUAUCCAGUAGAAUGGGCUCUGAAUGCUGCUACUUUGUCACAAUAUUAUCUCACUAAGCAAUGCUUUAUGGAGUCUCGACACUGUUUAGCAGCUGCCAAUGUCAUCUUUAGCCAAGCUGGACAAGUUCCUUCCGCAGAGGACAAUGAAACAGAACAAGACCAGCAGGAUCUUCGACAGAGAAAAGCUGAAAUUGCAAGAUGCUGGAUUAAGUACUGCUUGACUCUUUUGCAGAGUGCUCGGAAAUCGCUUGAGGACAACAUCGGAGAGCUGGAUCCUGACAGGCAAUCAGAACUUAAAGCCCAAAGGAAAAAAGAGGAAGAUGAGAAAGAGAAAGGCAGAAAGAAGGCUGUCCUCUUCGGAACCAGUGAUCUUUGUGACUCUAUAUUAGCCACAGAAGAGAAAGUGAGCUGUAUAUGCCCUUUAGAUUUUCAAGAAGCCAGAGAAGUCUUCCUAGUCGGUCAAAAUUAUGUUCAUGAAGCAAAAGAAUUUUUUCAGUUUGAUGGCUAUGUUACUGACCAUAUUGAAAUUGUUCAGGACCACAGUGCCUUGUUUAAGGUGCUUGCUUUCUUUGAAGAAGAUUAUGAGAGACGCUGCAAGAUGCACAAGCGUAGAAUAGAUAUGUUGGAGCCCAUGUACGUGGAUUUGAAUCCACAGUUUUACCUGCUGAUCAGUAGGCAGCUUCAGUUUGAAUUAGCAGAUACCUAUUACGAGAUGAUGGAUUUAAAGGUAGCUAUUGGUAAUAGGUUAGAGGAACUGGACUCUCAUACUAUAAAAAAAAUUAAUUCUCUGGCUCAGUUAGCAGUCAAGUACUAUGAACUCUUCUUAGAUUCUCUGAGGAACCCAGAUAAGAUAUUUCCUGAAAAACUCGAGGACGAUGUCCUUCGCCCUGCAAUGGUGGCCAAAUUUCACAUUGCACGACUAUAUGGCAAACUUAUUACUUCUGAUGGCAAGAAACAAUUGGAGAAUAUGCAGAGCUCAUUGGAAUAUUACACAUUUCUGGUUGACUAUUGCGAGAAGCAUCCAGAAGCUGUCCAGGCCAUAGAAACUGAACUAGAACUCAGUAAAGAAAUGGUUGGCCUGCUUCCAACAAGAAUGGAGAGGCUAAAAGCCAAGCUGUCUCCUUUCAGUUAAAUCCCUUGUCUUCAGUGAAUGGAAAUGUGCAAUAUUAAAUGAUCUCUGUCAAACAUACUCUGGAACAGUUUGCAUUCCUUCUUGUUGCCGUUACCAUUCAGUUGUCUGCAGCUUGAAGAUCCAGCUAUGGAAGGCACUAUAGAACCUUUUUAAAAUUGAGAACUGUCCAGUUUAGUUGCUCAUCCAUGCUAAUGGUAUAAACUGAAAAUGUAAAGUGCUUGUCCAUUGAUUACUUGUAUAGCAUGCUUUCAUGUAAAUACAAACUCUUCCUUCUGUACUUCCUCCAGAACAUAAUUCAGUUUCUAAAUGUAGUAGUGUACUUUGGAUGUUUCUUUUAAAGGAACCUUUUGGAUAGCUUGAUUGAUCCUAGAAAUUUUUUCUAAGAAUCAGACUUUUAGGCAUGCUACUAGAAAGGAUUUUAGUCUUUCUAACCCAUGCUCCCAAGAUUAUCCAUAUGAAAAGGAGCCUUAUCAUAAUUGUGUUCUGUAUUUUUGUAUGUUGCAAAGUGGCUUUUCUUGCAUUGUCGGACAUCUAUUAGAGGCUCAAUAAAUGGACUUGCUUGACUAAA